AUGGGAGAUUUAGAUCCGGCCUUCAUUCAAGACCUUGAAAACAGGCCUACUGUCAGAGUUUUAGAGGAUGAGGAAGUCCCGGUUAUCGAUCUGUCCACUUCGAGCCCUGGAGACAGCAAAGAACUUGUGUCAAAGAUAAAAGAUGCAUGCAGGAAGUGGGGAUUCUUUCAAGUAAUUAACCACGGAGUACCUUCAGAUUUAGGUAAAAGAAUGGUGAAGACUGCGAAAGAGUUCUUUGAUCAACCAAUAGAGGAGAAGAAGAAGGUGAAGCGAGAUGAAGGGAAUUCUAUGGGGUAUCAUGAUGCUGAGCAUACUAAGAAUGUUAGGGACUGGAAAGACGUGUUUGAUUUCUCACUGGAAGAUCCUAGAUUGAUCCCAGCUUCGGAUGACCCAAAUGAUCCGAAAUUGAGGACCAUAAGUAAUCGUUGGCCUCAAUCCCCCUCUGAAUUUAGGGAGGUAUGUCAGGAGUAUUCUCGAGAAGUGGAGAAGCUUGGUUAUAAGCUGUUGGAACUUGUUUCUUUGAGCUUAGGCUUGCCUGCUAACAGGCUAAAUGGGUACUUCAAUGACCAAACCAGCCUUUGUAGGAUCAAUCACUAUCCUCCUUGCCCUAACCCCCACCUAGCUCUUGGGGUUGGUCGACACAAGGAUUUCAGUGCCUUAACUGUCCUUGCUCAGGAUGAUGUUGGAGGAUUGGAAAUAAGGAGAAAAUCAGACGGUGAAUGGAUCCCAGUUAACCCAAUUGCAGAUGCAUUUAUCAUCAAUGUUUGGAGCAAUGACACCUAUGAGAGUGUAGAGCACAGGGUGGUAGUGAACACUGAAAUGGAAAGGUUCUCAAUUCCAGUACUACUCUUACCUUCUCACCAUGUCAUAAUCAAGCCAUUGGAAGAGCUACUAAAUGAGCAGAACCCUGCCAGAUACCAAGGAUAUAACUGGGGAAAGUUUUAUGCUAGCAGAUACCGCGGUGAUUACAAGAAACGGGAUGUAGAAAACAUCCAAAUUCAUCUUUUUAAGAAGUAA